UCACAACGAGUCAUAUCUCAAUUCAAUCCAACCUUUUCCGUUAAGAAGUCAGAGGCAAGCAAAACGAGAAGUCAUGUACUUUGCCGCGAUCACAGCCAAUUUGCUUUCAGUCCCUCAACACGUUCAAUGAGAAGUGUUUUUGGAAGGAGUGCUUGCGAUUGACGGGAGAUAACGCAGUGAGAAAAUCAAGGGGAAAUAACACUGUGGUUGUUCUCAAGCACAUCACUUGGUGUGAACUAAUUUACUUUUGUGGUUUAAUUUAAGAAGUAUGAAAGAGGAGCCGAUUAUUAACGUGGCCUACGCCGUUGUCUUUGGGUGCAUCGUGGUGCUGGGUUUGCCGCUCAACGCUGUGUCCCUGUGGAUCCUGAUACAACGCCACCGGCUCAAGUCUCCCAGCGCUGUCUUCAUGAUCAACCUGGCCUUGGCCGACCUGCUGCUGGUGCUGUCCCUGCCAAUGAGAGUCUACUACUAUGCAACAGGCACCUGGUCCCUCGGGGUUUUUGCUUGCACCUCGAUGACCAUGCUGUUUCACAACAACAUCCGUGCCAGUGCCAUCUUCAUCACCUUCAUCGGUGUGGACCGACUGCUGGCUGUGGUGUUUCCUCUGAGAUCCAGGCACCUGCGCAACACCACCAAUAGCUGGAAAGCAUGCAGCUUGGUUUGGAUCUUUCUACUGGUUGUAAACACCCCAGAGGCUGUAUAUUUUUCAAGAAACAUGUACAACAACAAUCAAACUACCUGCUUUGUUUUCCCCGCCGACCGGACGGGGCCAAAGACAACCAUAUAUAUGCAGGCUUGCUUAGUCUUAACUCUGCUGUCAGUCAAUAUGUUCUCAACUUCCAUGGUGUCCUGGAAAUUGCAUCAGCUCAGUACAUCUGGACAGAUGAUCGACAACAAGAUCAAUGUUAUGCUUAUCUUUGCGAUGAACCUUGUGAUGUUUGUCAUAUUUUUCUUGCCUUUUACAUUGGCAUUGAUAGUUAGUAAUGUUACCACCAUCUAUGCAACAAUGUGUCUUGCAAGCUUGAACUGCUGCUUUGAUCCUCUGUUGUAUUACUUUUCUUUGGAUUCCUUCUGGAAGAAGGAAGAUAAUCCGGGGUCUUCCUCACUUAAAUUGCAGGUGAGCAAAAGUGACUUGCGGGCAGGGGAGACAAGUGGCAUGAAAUGAACUAUUUUGACAGAUGAUGUAUCUUUUUCAGUUGUUAUUGUAUAUUGCAUUAGAAUGUGCUUGCUGGAUUCCAUGAGAAAUGUAUUUUAAUUAAAAAAAUUGCUUUGAUGCUGCAACUUUGAUGUUAGAAAGUAGCCUUACACAAGCAAUUAGAUUAUGUUCGAUUUUCAUGCCUAUAUGUGCUUUUAUACUUGAUUGAUGAUAGUGGCUUGAAAUGACUGGACAUAAUUCAAAUGUAAUGUUUUUCAGUAGGCAUCUUACAUAAAGUUAGUGUUAAGGUAAUGGUUUGCGUCCCCUAGUUGAAUGAUAAUAAAUAAGCAGAGAUGGCAUGGCACCUUGCCUGAAGUCUCUGCUACAUUAUAACGCCUCCUAGAACCACUGCAGCCUCCGAUUGGUCUGACAAUCGGCUGGGUGGUCCGAAAGACACCAUUCAGGAAGUAUCCGAGACCCAGUGCAAGUUAAUAAUAGCCAAUAGCCAAAUCUUUCACUUCCCUCCAUUGCUCGUUCUAGUGCUUUUGGGUUCUUUAUUUGUUCUGAUUCUAGAUUAAGUCUUGCAAGCCGUAAGCAAAUUAAUGUGUUUUCCAUUAUCUUGCUGUAUUUUACGUUGUGGGAUUUAGAAGCGUGAUUGUGGGAAGAAUGAGGAGAAGAUGUGUUAUAAAGUAUUGAACAAGUUGGA